AAUAAUAAGAGAGAGAAAGCAAAGAAAAUUGUUGCCAUUAUUACUGCUCUGUCUAUAACAACGGUGCGAAUGUUGGAAGCAUGGAAGCAUACCAAAGGUCGAUAAUGGCGGCAAAACAUUGCUAGCCCAUUUCCCCAAAUUACCCCUCCCCUUCAAAGACAAAGCAGCUCAACAAACAAGGCCGCUUUAAAAGCAUCUUUCGCUGUUGCUUUUUUGUUACUCAUAGAUAAGGAAAAAGUUGGGUUUGAAUCUUUUUUUCUUUUUUUGCUUUAGCAUGGAAAACGGUGCCGGCGGUGGCGGAGUCAAUGGGUUUGGCGUUCCUGACAAGGAAACGGCGUCGGCCGGCGGCGCCGGGAACGGAAAUGCUGUUGUGGGUAGUUAUGGGUUGGGUGAGAACAAUAUCAUGAUGGGUCGUCAUGUCCAUCAUCAUCAUCAUCAUGGAUUUGACGGUGGUGGUAGCGGCGGUGGAGGCGCGGGCCCCACUAGCGGAGCAAACGAGAAUAGUAUAUACAUGUACGGUGAUGAUGUCGCCACUGCUCCCCCCCAUACCAACAGUAGUGUUCCACCUUUUACUGUGGGCGGCGGCGCCGCCGCCGCCGCGGUGGCCGUGCGCCUUUCCCAGGCUUUCAACUGUUCCAACACUGCUCCCCUGCGGCCCUUCAAAUCCCCAGGAAUGGCGACGUCUUUAGGAUUUCCAUUUACGUGCGCACAGUGGAAGGAACUGGAGAGGCAAGCUAUGGUGUAUAAGUACAUGAUGGCAUCUCUACCUGUUCCGCCUGAUCUUCUCUUGCCUCUUCCCACAGACGCUUAUAAUGCUGCUCCUCCCAGUUUUCAUACUCAAACUGGCGGGAGCAGCGUUCUGGGAUUUUCCGGCAAGAACAGAGAUUUAGAGCCGGGGAGGUGCAAGAGAACGGACGGCAAGAAAUGGCGGUGCUCGAAAGAAGUGGCGCCCAAUCAGAAGUACUGCGAGCGCCAUUUGCAUAGAGGCCGUCCCCGUUCAAGAAAGCCUGUGGAAGAUCACAAUAACACCAAGAAAACUCGUCUUCAACAACCAGUUCUUGAGUCUCCUUCAAUGGUGGUUUCCCAGCCUGCAAAUCCCGCCCCUUCACAGCUUCUUGCUUCUUCUUCUUCUUCUGAUAAUAAGCAGAAUGAAGGUCCCCAGUGUCUUGAUUCUAGAAUGGAUCACAGCUUCUCAAUCUCCCCUUUCAAUGAAUCACACAGGAGUUUGGACUGGGAGAUGGCUGCCAUGGGAGGAGGAGGAACUGAGGAGCAAUUGCAACAGUUGAUGGCAUUUGAGAGCAAUGUUUACAGAGACAAUGCACAGAUUCUCCAGCAAAUGAGCUUGUUUCACUGCAAAGAUUAUUAUGGCGAGUGCAAUCUGUAUUUCAAUCCAGAUUUGGGAUCACUGAACAAAGAGUUCAUCAAUGCCUGGGCAAAUGGCAGCAUUGCUAGCAACACUAACACCAAUAAUACAGACACUGGAUCUUGUGCUUAUGCACUUUCUCUGGCAAUGGCUGCUGGGAACACUCUUGACAGUGAGAUGGGAGUGGAGGGUGGCAAUGCAGGAAACUGUGACGAAGAAGAUAAUACUAUGUGCAGCAACUUAACGUUGCGAUCCCCUGUCUCGUGGGUCCCUUUUGCCUCGGGAGGGCCGUUGGCUGAGGUUCUGAAGCCGAGCCAACAGCAGCACCACCACCACCCCUCCUCGUCGUCCUACAUCAGCAAUGGCGACUCGAUCAGCCCUGCCGGGACGACAGUCUCCUCGCCCUCGGGCGUUCUUCAGAAGACGAAUCUGUUUUCGCAAUCCGAUGGCAGCGUUUGUAACAGCCCAACUGUUGCAGCAUCUGAAUUGGUUCCAUUCCAGUGGCUUAGCUAAGACUGCAGAGACAGCAGCAAUUUUCUUGAAAUUCCUAUGUUUUUGGGUUGCUUUGCUUUGCUUGCUGCAAAGUGCAAAUUGAGUCCUAUUCAUAUAUAUAUAUAUAUAUGUUGUUCCUUUUACCAUUGUGGUAAGUUGGUACCAUAAAAUACUGUCAGCAGAUUUCCUUUGAACCAUAAAACACUGCAAAGAUAGCAGUUUUUGUUAUGUUUUUGGUUCCAAACCUUAAAAUCCCUAUGUUUUUGGUUCUGCUUUUGCUUGCUACAAAGUGCAAAUUUAGUCCUA